UAUAAAUGCAGAACCUUCAGUGGCUAUAUUACCGUCAUUUGCUUAUGCUUUCAUGGCUGCUUUGCUUGGUUUUCUAGGUUACUACCAUUGCCUUGCUGCUGUUUUACUUUCUUUAGCUAUAGUUUUAGUUCAUGGAGAUAUUCACAGCAGCUUUAACAUGGGGUAUGAAGUGAAGAGAAAUGAAGUGAAAAGCUGUGAUUUUUUUCAAGGAAGUUGGGUUUUUGACGAUUCUUUUAACCCUCUUUAUGAUUCUUCGAGUUGUCCCUUCAUCGGCGGUGGCUUCGAUUGCCAGAAAAAUGGCAGACCUGAUCGGAAUUACCUCAAGUAUAGAUGGCAGCCUAAUGACUGUGCACUCCCCAGGUUCAAUGGAAUUGAUUUCCUGGAGAAAUAUACGAACAAGAAGAUACUUUUUGUGGGGGAUUCAUUAAGUAACAAUAUGUGGAGAUCACUCAUUUGCAUGCUACAUUCUGCAAUCCCAAACCCAAACUACACAUUUGCUUCAAGAGGCCUGCUCUCUACAUUUUCAUUGCCGGACUAUGGGGUAUCAGUUAACUGGCUGAAAAAUGGGUUCCUGGUGGAUAUGGCUUAUGAAAAAAUUGGUAAAGUUUUGAAGCUUGAUUCAAUCAGUACUGGGCAGUUGUGGCUUGGAGCUGAUGUCUUGAUCUUCAAUAGCUACCAUUGGUGGACUCACUCCGGACGCUUUCAAUCAUGGGACUACUUCCAGUAUGGAAACAAGACAGUGAAGGAGAUGGAUCACAUGGAAGCAUACAAGAUUGCAAUGACAACAUGGGCAAAUUGGGUUGAUACCAACAUUGAUCCUUCAAAGACUAGAGUCCUCUUCCAAGGAGUUGCUGCUGUUCAUUUCAAUGCCAAGGAAUGGGGUGAACCAAGCGAUAAAGGUUGCAUUAAACAAACAGAACCAUUGAAAGGGUCAACAUAUCCAGGGCCCCCUGUGCCUGGGGAAGCUAUUCUAAAGACUGUUUUGAGUAAAAUGACUAAGCCUGCCUAUCUACUUGACAUUACUUUGCUGACACAGUUAAGAAAAGACGGUCAUCCUUCUAUCUACGCCAGAGCCGGCCCCAAGCUCAUCGAUUGCAGCCAUUGGUGUCUUGCUGGUGUGCCUGAUACUUGGAAUCAACUAUUAUAUGCAGCUUUGGUUCAGAGCUAAGUUAUUCUUUUCCCUAUAAUGUGGGAGAAAAUUUAUCAACUACUUAACAACCACAUUGGUUGUUUCUUAUGGUAAGGGAAUCAAAUUUUAGUUACAAUAAAAACAAAUCUUUCUUUUUUCUGAA